AUGGAUGAGUAUGAUGGAUAUGACUUUCAAUUAAAACUUUUCAGCAUUACUUUAAGAAUAUUGUAUACAAUUUUGGGGAUUAUAAUUAAAGAAGAAGGAGUUCAUUUUAGAGAUCCAAAAGCUACAAUCUUAAUUUCAAAUCAUGUAACAGUUUUUGAUCAUAUUGCUAUUGAUUUGAUAUCACCAUGUGUACUGUCAGUAACUUGGGAAUUGCCACAAUUUUUGCAAUAUGUAUUAGGUUUCAAAAAGCACGAAAGAUCAGGUGAAUAUCUUGAUAGCAGUCAUCGUAAGGAUUCCAAGAAUUCUGUUCUCAUCUUUCCUGAAGGAGCAACAACAAAUGGGCAAAGAGGUCUCUUAAAAUUUGUAAAUUGGCCAAUUUCUUCAAAUGAAUAUAUACAACCUAUUAUUCUUAAAGUAUAUAGACCUGCAGGUGUAAAUAUUUCUCCGUCCAUAAUUGGUAGUUCUUGGUACUCAGAUUUAUUCUGGAUGUUUUUUGUUCCUUUCACCUGGUUUGAUAUAAAAUAUCUUCCAGUAAUGAUCAGAAAAGAUGAACAAUUUUCUGAAGAAUUUAGUUUGAGUGUUCAAACUAUCAUGGCUCAGGAAUUAAAUGUUAUUCCCACUUCAUAUACUGUUAAUGACAAAAAUGAUUAUGCAAAACGUUUACUUACUGCUCAAAUAAUUCCUCAACAAUCAAAUGUUUCUUCCAGAACGGUUCAUACUUAUCCAAAUACAAAUCUUAAUAUUAUGUCUCAACAAGUGAAGGAAGUUUUGCCAUAUGUGCCUAUAAAUGUUAUUGAACAGGAUUUAGCUGUAACAGGCAGUAUCAGUUUGACGAUUAAUCGAAUUUUAGAAGGUAAUGUUCUUUAUAUUCCUGAACCUGAAAUUUCUGGCGAAUCAAAGCCAACACAAUCAACAGCUUCUCAAUCUUCUAAAAAUAAUUUGAGUUCACAAUUUCCUUCAGUUGCACCUAAAACAUUUGGUAAAACACCUGAGGAAAGAAUGAUGUCAUAUCAAGAGAGAAAAAGACUUCUUAUCAGCAAUGCGCGGAGAAGGUAUCUUCAGAAACAUGCUGCUAUUUAAAUAAAGGAUGUGAUUCAUUUGAAGAUAUGAAACAUCUAAAAAUAAAAAUAAAGUCUAGAAUUGGAUUUUUAAUAAUUUGUAUCAAAUCAAAGUUGUUAUUUUAUUUUAUUCCCUAUUUGGCUUUCAUUAUUAGACUUGUCUGAAUAUACAAUAUGAAUACAUAUAUUGAAUAUAUAUAUAUAUAUAUUUUUAGUGAAAAAAUAGAAAAAUUUCCCAUACAGAUUGUCAGAUCUUGAAAUUUCCGUUAAUAUUUAUAUUUAAAAAAAGUAAUCAUUCACAAA